AUGUGGCUGCUGCUGGUGGGCCUGUGCCUGGCCCAGGGGCUGGAAGAUGCCACCCCAGGUGAUGAAGUGUACCACAACCCUGAGAGGCUAAUGAACAUCAGCCAGAAAAUCCUUUUCCACGGCUAUCCCAGCGAGGAGUACGACGUGAUGACCGAGGAUGGCUACUUCCUGAGCCUCAACAGGAUUCCCCACGGCAGGGGGGACACUGGGCUCGCAGGACCCAGGACCCCCGUGCUGCUAGUGCAUGGCUUUUGCCUGGAUGGUGGUGACUGGGUGGACAAUUUCCCUGAGAACAGCCUGGCCUUCAUCCUGGCGGAUGCGGGACACGAUGUCUGGAUCGGGAACAACCGGGGCAGCAGCUGGUCCCGCCGGCACCGCAGCCUGUCCGUGGCCUCCGAGGAGUUCUGGGACUUCAGCUUCCACGAGAUGGCCAUGUACGACCUGCCGGCCAUGGUGGGCUUCAUCCUGAUGCAAACAGAGCAGGAGCAGCUGUUCUACGUCGGCCACGCUCAGGGCAGCUCCCUGGGUUUCAUAGCGUUUUCCAGCUUGCCACAUCUGGCCGAGAAAAUCAAACUCUUCUUUGCCCUGGCUCCUGUGUACACCUUCCGCCAUGUCCGGGGCCCCGUGUUAAAGCUAGCCUUUCUACCAGACCUGCUGCUCAAGGAGACGUUUGGAACCAGAGAGCUGGUUCUGGUGCCGAGGAAGGAGAAGCUGCUCCUGGUUGAGAAGUGCAGCAUGCGUCUGGAGGCUGAAGUGUGUGCCAACAGCAUCUUCCUCGUCGGAGGGUUUGACAGGGAGAACUUGAACGUGAGUCGACUGGAUGUGUAUUUAUCUCAUUUUCCAGACUAUACAUCAGUAAAAACUCUUCUGCACUGGGGACAGACUGCAAAAAGCGCCGAGUUCAAGCAGUUUGACUACGGGCCGAGGAACAUGGAGAAGUACAACCAGCUGAGGCCUCCCUUUUACCGGAUCGAAGCCAUGCGGGUGCCGGUGGCCCUGUGGAGCGGGGGGCACGACUGGGUCACUCCCCAUGAGGAGACCCAGCGCUUGCUGACCCACCUCACCAACGUCGUGCACCACGAGCACUUCCCCGACUGGAACCACUUCGACCACCACUGGGGCCUGAACGCCCCGCAGCGCAUGUACCAGCGGAUGGUGGCCAUGAUGGAGGAGAAUCCAUGA